AGUGUUCGGAGGGGUCGCGAGCGGAAUCUUGGCAACGCAGCGGCGCCAGUUCUGAUUGGUUGUGAGCCUCUCCCCCUCCCCCGCCUUCUCAUGCCAAGGGAAGCUUCGCUGCGCCGCGCCAAAAAUUAAAUGGAGGAACGAAACCUAACGAGGGGAUCCGACGGGAAGAGGUUGAGGGGCGGCCGGUCGGGGACGCUUUGAGGCGUCUUGGCCGUCGCCCUAGGCUUUCGAUCGGAUACGUUUUCACUCUUUCUGCAUUCGGCGAAUGCAGAUCUAUUAAAAUGCCAAGAUGAGUACUGAGCCUAGCAGGAAAGAUUCUGGACGAGGAGGAGGUAGUUUUCAAAGAUGGAGAAGAGGAAGAUGGCAAGGGAGAGGAAAAGGAAGUGGACAGAAAGAAAACUGGAAAAAUGCUGGCGAGAAAUUAGUAUUGGCGCAACCUCAUCUUAUUCAAACAACGCUGGACCAGGCUACUCCAUAUAAAGGCUGGAAACUUUAUUUCCCUGAAGCAUAUGAUGACAAAUCACCUUUUGUUCAGAAGAUUGUAGCUUUUGAAACUUUUUUCAAAUCUCGAAUAGAGUUUUAUGAUAAGGAUGAAGUAGAAAGAAAAGGAAGUAUUCUAGUGGAUUAUAAGGAACUGAUAUGUGAUAAAGAAUUAGUGGAAUCAUUACCCGAUGUUGCUAUUGAAUUAAGAGAAACACCACAAAGAAUAUUGGCUUGCAUGGGUCUGGCCAUACAUCAGAUAUUGAUCAAAGACCUUGAAAAGGAUGCUGCAAAGCUGCAAGAGCAAGAAGGGUUGGCCACUGACGAAGAGCCUAUUAUAAAUGUGCCACUUAUUCAUGCAAGAGUGUACAACUAUGAUCCAAUUAGUCAAUUUAAGAAUAUUCGAGCUAAUUGCUAUGGGAAGUACGUUGCUUUACGUGGGACUGUUGUGCGUGUUAGUAACAUUAAACCUAUCUGCACCAAGAUGGCCUUUAUAUGCAGUACCUGUGGAAAUACUCAGAGUUUUCCUCUCCCUGAUGGAAAAUACACUCUUCCAACAAAGUGUUCUUUGCCUGAAUGUCAUGGACGAUCCUUCACUGCAGAUAGAAGUUCUCCUUACACAAUUACAGUGGACUGGCAGUCAAUUAAAAUUCAAGAACUCAUGUCAGAUGAUCAGCGAGAAGCUGGGAGAAUUCCUCGGACAAUAGAAUGUGAAUUGGUUCAUGAUCUUGUGGAUAGUUGUGUUCCAGGCGAUAUGAUAACUGUUGCAGGAAUUGUCAAGGUAUCAAACACGGAAGAAGGAGCAUCAAGAAAUAAAAAUGAUAAAUGUGUCUUCCUAUUAUACAUUGAAGCAAACUCUAUCAGUAAUACAAAAGGCCAGAAAAUCAAGAAUUAUGAACAUGGAUUAAACCAACAAGGAUGCAUGGAGUUUUCACUUAAAGAUCUUUACGCAGUCCAAGAAAUCCAAGCUGAAGAGAAUCUGUUCAAGCUUAUUGUCAGCUCUCUCUGUCCUACUAUUUAUGGUCAUGAGGUAGUAAAAGCUGGUUUAGUGUUGACAUUAUUUGGAGGAUGCCAAAAAUAUAUGGAUGAUAAAAACAGGAUUCCUAUUCGAGGGGAUCCACAUCUUCUCAUGGUUGGAGAUCCAGGACUGGGGAAAAGUCAGAUGUUGCAAGCUGUGUGCAAUAUUGCACCUCGUGGAGUAUAUGUUUGUGGCAAUGCCACUACUACAUCUGGUCUGACUGUAACACUGUCUCGAGACAGUUCCUCUGGAGAUUUUGCACUAGAAGCUGGUGCUCUUGUACUUGGAGAUCAAGGUAUAUGUGGAAUUGAUGAGUUUGAUAAAAUGGGGAGCCAGCACCAAGCUUUGCUGGAAGCUAUGGAACAGCAAAGUAUUAGUCUUGCUAAGGCUGGCAUUGUUUGCAGCUUGCCAACAAGGACAUCAAUUAUAGCUGCAGCAAAUCCAGUUGGGGGUCACUAUAACAAAGCCAAAACUGUAUCUGAGAAUUUAAAGAUGGGAAGUGCUUUGUUAUCCCGAUUUGACUUGGUAUUCAUACUGCUGGAUGUUCCAAAUGAAGAUCAUGAUCAUUUGCUUUCUGAACAUGUGAUGGCGAUGAGAAAUAGAAAACAGACUGGAUGUAGCAGUGCUACUGUGACUCGUGAGCAUUCUCAGAAUUCAGAUAUAUCAGUCCUUGAAGUUCAUUCAGACAAACCACUAGCAGAGAGAUUAAAGCUUAUUCCAGGAGAAAACUGUGACCCAAUUCCGCAUCAGUUGUUAAAGAAAUAUGUUGGCUAUGCAAGGCAAUAUGUUCAUCCCAAGCUAUCUCCAGAAGCUGCUCAGAUACUUCAGAAAUUCUAUCUUGAGCUCAGACAACAAAGUCAAAGAGCAGAUAGUACACCCAUCACAACACGACAGCUGGAAUCAUUGAUCCGCCUUACUGAGGCACGAUCAAGAUUAGAGUUAAGAGAAAAGGCCACCAAAGAAGAUGCUGAGGAUGUUGUUGAAAUAAUGAAAUACAGUAUGUUAGGAACUUACUCUGAUGAGUUUGGGAAAUUGGAUUUUGAGCGUUCUCAGCAUGGUUCUGGAAUGAGCAAAAGGUCACAAGGAAAGAAGUUUAUUUCUGCCCUCCAUCGUGUUGCAGAAAGAACUUAUAACAACAUUUUUGAGCUUCAUCAACUCCGGCAGGUUGCUAAUGAAUUAAAUAUGAAAAUGCCUGACUUUGAAAACUUCAUUGCAUCUUUAAAUGAUCAGGGUUAUUUCUUGAAGAAAGGUCCGAGAUUGUAUCAGCUUCAGACAAUGUGAAGUAGUUCAAUACCUAAAGAGAACUGUUCACUAAGAAGAAGAACGAAACGCAGAGGAUUGCAACUCAUUUGUAUUUCUUAUUCAGCUGAAUUCUUGCCUGCUAAUAAGUUUGUAGAAUUCAGGCGUUGGUUAAAACGAUCUGAAACAAGAUUAAUGUAAAUGUAAAAAAGGGCAGAAGAAGGUGACUUCCCUACUCCUCCUUGACAUCCCUGAAAAGGGUUAUGUGAGAAUCUGAUAACUCAGCUGGAUGGUAUGUGUUGUGAUGCAAAGGAUAUGGGAAAUAUUUCAAAUACUGGAUGAGGAAAGUGAAGGGGCUUUAUUCAUCUAUGUAUUGACAUGAAUCAACUCGUUUACUAAUUAUAAUACUUUUGAAAGCGAUAUAUAUAUACAGUAAUGUUUCAAGCCAUUCUUGUUAAAGUUUUGCCUGAUUUGAGUAAUUUUGUUAACCCUGUUAUUGAUUUAUGAAUAUGGUCUAUAUUUUUAAGUCAAACUGCACUUGCAUUUAUUUAGUCUUCUGUGAAUGAGCAAAGUUCUUCAUGUUCUAAAUA